UUUCUUGAUUCUUACACGAAUCCUUUGUUUCUUGAAAUAUUAAUGGAAAUUUUUGCGGGUGAGCGUAUCCAAAUCUUCCCUCCAAAACCCCAACGUUUGAUGAUAACCACUGUCUCCCCCAAGCUCUCUCCGCCGUUCCUCCGCCGCCUCACUCCCACAGCAUUCAAGCUCUUUACUGUCUCUGCAGCACCAGUUGCGCCGGAAACCGCUACAAUCUCGGAACCGUCGACGCGGAGCCCUGCAUCGCCGAAUGGAAGGAGGAGUAGAAAUGCGAAUUUAGAUGGAGAACAACUGAAAUUGAACUGGCUGAAGUCCCUCUCUUGCCCUACGGCAGAAAAUAGUGGAAAUCGAGAAUUGGAAGAUUCUGGAAGCGCCACUGCGGACUCCGGUUGGGUUAUCGGAAUAGAUCCGGAUCUUUCCGGAGCCUUGGCCGUUUUGAAGCCGGAUAAUUCUGCGGAGGUAUUUGAUUCCCCUCACUUGAAAAUACUGGUUGGAAAAAGAGUUAGGAAGCGCCUGGAUGUGAGAUCGAUCAUUCAGUUGCUUAAAACUGUUGAUGCUCCAAUGGGAACCACUGUAUAUUUAGAACAGUCGACUCCUUUUCCUCAAGAUGGUAAGCAGGGAUGGUGGAGUGGAGGAUUUGGAUAUGGACUUUGGAUUGGAAUCCUUGUUACCUCAGGAUAUACUGUUGUUCCCGUCCCGUCAUUCUUGUGGAAGGCUGAAUUCAAACUUUCAGGAAAUUGCUCGACCAAGGAUGAUAGCAGACAGCUCGCUUCCGAACUAUUUCCUGCUCUUUCGUCUUCCUUCAAACGGAAAAAAGACCAUGGUCGCGCCGAGGCGCUUCUCAUUGCAGCCUAUGGUCAACGACUAAAGGCUAACCGCGAAUCAUCGCCCAUCUUGGACUCUUUGAUUCCAUAGGAACGGAAGGGUUGUUAAAGAAGUCACCGUGCUAGGUAAGUUGAUAAUGGCCUGUCAAGGAGAAAAACAAGGUACAUUGUCCCCGGCAUUUGUAAAACAAUCAUUAUUGCAAAAUGCCUAGACAUUUGGAUUCAUCAAAGCUAUAACUAGGAAAUUCGCCAAGGACUUCUUGUAUGCUAAUUUUCUGCUCUGAGAUUUGGCAUAAAGCUCGGACCUCGUCUUCUCGGCAACAAGAUCACCCAGCUUCGUAUCGAUGAGAUCGCGAGAUAUCUCGAUAUAAUCAUAUCUAUGCACACUAUGAAAUCAUACUUGAUGGAAGCUAGGCUAGGAAUGAUUCUGAUUAUA